AUGGUGCGCAUUACAGUCUUUGCCACAAUGGUUCUGCUGGCAGCAGCCAUGGCUGCAGCUCGUCCCCUUGACUUGCCAGGCGUGGAAAGCUACGCUGACAUGGUCACUAUCAGGGCUGUGGAGCAGGGCUCUGGCAGGACCCUGCUGGCUCAGUCGGACGCGCCCUUCAACGAUGCGCAGAGGGCAUUCCCCGGCAAGAGCAUCAUGGUGUGCAAGGACUGCAACGCCUACGGGCUGACUGGACUGGCCGCAGACUACGAGUCGGGGGCGUUCCAUGUCUGGGCCUUCAACACCGGCGAAUUCUCCAACCAGGCAUGCCCCCUUUUUCAUCGAUCAUCCCUUUAG